AUGGCCGCGUCGACCCUGCCCGUUCUCGCUCCUUCGCAGGUUCCCACAGCAUCAGGCCCGUUUAGUCGAGCCGCUCCCAACGGCCAAGCCUUAGGCUUCGAAGCACCAAGAGUCUCCUUGUCGGCCUGCUCUCCAGCGAUGCUCACAACGAACGAGUUCCAGAAUAUCGGCGCGGUCAGCAAGCGCAAGUGGAAGCCAGACGCGUAUCCACACGACCCCGAUGUUCAGUACAGCAACCACCACCUGCACCACGAUGAGGGCGACGAGUCUGCCUCGCGCAAAUUCAAGAACAAGCGAGCCAGUGGACAGCCCGGCCGUUCCAAGGAGACCAAAGCGCACGGCAUUCACGUCGACGAGAUCCCCGGCAUGGCCAAGUCCACCGGGCGGGGGGACUUUGAGUACACUUACCACCCGGCUGGUCAUGAUCUCGUGUCAUACCGGGUGGUCGAGAUGACUCUGGAGGAAAAGCACCUCCGGCUCGUACAUCUCGAGAAUAUCAUACGCGAGCACCUGGGCACCGGCAAGUUCUUUCUUGUUGCGGCUGCCUUGCGCGAUAUUGAUGCCGAAAAGCUGUAUGAACCAGAGAAAACCAUAUAUGUAUACGCCAAGAAUCGGUUUCAAUUCAGCCGCCGAACGACCAACACAUAUCUGUGCUCCGCGAGCGUGUAUGAAUCCAUCAUCGAAGACCCGAGCUUGCCCGUUCCGGCCAACAUCUCACACAUCCGCUCGCUCCACAAGUUUCCGCCGGAAAUUCGGCGGUUCAUCUGGAAGCAGGUCUGCGACUCGGGGCUGACCAUCACCGAGGAGCAUGUUGUUGCCAUGACGGUCAAGUACGAGACGGGAGUCUCCUUCUCGGAUCUCAGCAGCGAGCUCUACACACCCAAGGAGAUCAUCCAGGCAGCAAAGCAGGUUAUUGGAUGCGGUUGUUUUGAUCUCGAUCCAGCAACGUGUCACUUUGCCAACGACCUGCACGCCAACCAGAUUGCGCGAGAGAUCUACGACGAGGCCCUGAACGGACUCAACCGAGCCUGGAAGGGCCAUGUGUGGCUGUCCCCCCCGCAGGGAUGUGACCAGGAGGGCAUCUCGAAGCAGUCCAGAUGGUUCUUUAUGGCCGAGCAAAAGUACCUCGCGGGCGAGAUUACGUCGUGCUUUGUGCUCCUCAAGGUGGAUCUGGGCAACUCGUGGUUUGACGCCGUCACGAACUACCCGCACUGCUUCUUUGCGUCGCGACUGAUCUUUCUCACGCCCACGGGCCGGGAGAAGAUCCUACAGGACGAGUCCCAUGUGAUUGUGUAUCUUGGCCAGAAUGUCGAUGGCUUUUGUGUCAACUUUGGUCCACUCGGGACCAUCCCGGGAUACAAUUCCUGGUCAUACAAAUUCACAGACGCAAUGACUGGCAUCUCGGUUGACCAGCAGACGUCACCUCAGUCUGCGCACGAUCACCAGCAGUUUUGCAGCAGCAACGGCAAUGGCGUUGGAGGCAGCCAAACCAAGGGCAACCACAGUGCAAACCAGCACCAUGCGCAAAGCCACAGCCAUGGCCACGACCACGGACAUGCCCCAGCAGACCAUCGCGACUACGAAAUGCAAGUUCUGAUCUCGCCUCUGGUGCCCUCGUCUCAGACCCAGCCUGCAGAUGAAUACUCGUACUCACUGCCGCACCUCGGAUCGCAAGUGUCCACACCAUUCAACUCAACAUCGUAUCUGAUCGAGUACAACUCAUCAUACCCCUCUUCUGGAUUCCCUCUCGAGGAUUACCCGAUGCCCAAGAGCAAGGCCAAGCCAAGUGUGAUGAACAUGAGCAACCUGAACGACGCCCCCAACUCGUCGUACCAAGGAUCCCUCGGACUGUUACUUCCACCCCCAUCUUCAUCGUUCCACCAUGGCAUCGAGGGCGCCGCCAUGGAGCCCCCCAAGACGCUUCUGCUGCCCACACAAAUGCACGAGUACAAUGGCGGCGGAUACCAGGGCCUUUCGCCGGUCGACUUUGGCGAGCCUCGCCACGGGCUCUACAAGAUGCCAUACGGCGACGGAGCUGAGAUGCGGGGACAGGUUCAGAGCAAUCCAUGCGACUACGGACCUGUCCAGAGCAACGUCCUACCGACCGGCGGCAGUGGCGGCAGCAACGGCAGCGGAUCAGGACCACUCCACUGCGACUACCAUGGAGGCUAUCCGCCACUCUAUGAGCCAGGAAUCCAAAUGUAUGGCAGCUCGAUAGAGUCAAACAACCCAGCAUCCGACGAUGUCAAGGAGAUCAUCAAGCGGGCACUGAAUAUCUAGAAACACUCGUUCCAGGGAGAGCAGUUUGAAAUCUGUGGCCAUCACUGAGCGAUAGACUCGGCCAGCCAAGUCGUGUGUUGAGGAUUCAAGCCGACCGGCCCUCGCCGAGACACUCCUCGAACCAAUCGUGGAGUCUGCUGCCAUCUGCCGCUCGCAACUGAAACUAGGAACCUACGCUAUCCCUUCUUGCUGUGCUGCUGCAUGAGCGGCAUCGUAGCACGGCUAUGCUCUUUGCUGCUCCGUUUGAGACUGCUUCCAUCCAUUUACCGGGUGGUCGGCAUGGGUCUCGAUCUUGGUUGUAUAUACUUUGAGCCGUGAGACUGGAGACUGGAGACUGGAUACUGGAGACUGGAGAUUCGGCUUGGAGAUGCACGCUUUACAGGACCAUAGGCGGGAUAGAUCUGCUACAAAAUGAGGAGAGGCCAAGGGGGAGGGAGAUACUGGAGAUACGGGCUGACACUGAUCAAUCGAUUCGAAAUACAAC